CACUAUUUUUCAUAGACAUUUCUCUCGGUGCCACCGUGCAGUGAGGUUAGUAAUUGGAAAGCUACUGUCUGUAACAUGGAAAAUAACCCAAAGAAUCAGAAAGAAGCAAACGAGGAAUUUGCUUCUCAGGAACUCAAAGCAACUUUAGAUUUACCAACGUCUGAAAUUACAGAGGAAAUAUUAGAGAAAUGUGGUGGAUUUGGUCUGUUUCAAAAGGGACUUACUGUCUUUAUUUCAAUAUUUGCAAUACUUUACGCCCAAACAAUAUUGAGUAUGGUAUUUAUAAGAGAGAAGAUUCCCUUUGAUUGUUAUCCGUCAAAUUUCAAUGAAUCUAUGAUCCCACCAAAUGUAACUUUGGAUGAAUUAUUAAAUAGAGUGAAUAUUGAAAAGGAGGAAUGUUCUGUGUAUAACCUGGAUACUAAAGAAGGAUUUUAUACCCUUCCCACCAGUAAUUCUUCAAAGGAACCGUGUAAUAACGGUCGAAAGUUUUACACUGAGGAUUUGUCGACUAUAGUUUCUGAGUUUGAUUUGACUUGCGACAGAGAUUGGAUGAGAAACAUUGCAUUCUCUAUAAUGUUUGCAGGCUUUAUGCUGGGAAAUUUAUUAUUUGGUGUAUUGUCAGACAAAUUCGGUAGAUUUAAAACGUUUUGUGUCGCAGACUCGCUUCUCAUAUGUUGCGCACUUGCUAAAAUAUACGCACCAAAUUAUAUUGUGUUCAUCAUUUUUUAUUUUGCCGAAGGAAUUGGAUUGUCUGGCACGUAUAUAGUUUUAUAUACCAUCUUGAUCGAAUGCGUCUCCCAAAAGUACCGAUCGCAUUUGAAUUUUAUUAUGCAUACCUUCUUCGCUGUUGGAGAAAUAAUUCUCGCUGGAGUGGCAUAUGUACUUCGUAAAUGGCAUCAUCUAUUGUACGCUACAACUAUUCCACACAUUCUGUUCGUCAUUAUAGCGUUGAAAUAUCUUCCUGAAUCUCCAAGAUGGCUUCUUAAUGAAGGAAGAUUUGAAAGAGCCGAGGAGUCCUUUAAUAGGAUCGCAAGAACAAAUAAAAAAGACAAUGAAGAUAUGAUAAAACUUAUUCGGAAACUUCAAAGAGAUGCAGAAAGCAAAUCAGAAUUUAACGGCAAAAUUAUUGAAACUGUAAACCAUGGAAAUAACCGAAAAACUAAAGACAAGACUUAUUAUACAGCAAUUGAUUUGCUAAAAAAACCUCGAAGAGCGAUGAUUUCUAUAAACCUUUGGUUUAACUGGUUUGUGAACGCUAUGAUUUAUUACGGAGUGACGCUAAAUUCCAUUGACAUGUCUGGCAGUCGGUACCUAAACUUUCUAUUGAUGUCAGCCGUAGAAAUUCCAGCCACCAUUCUCGGCUAUUUUAUGUUUAAGUGGUUUGGUCAUCGUAAGCCGCUGUGUCUCUUCUUGGUAUUUGGCGGAAUUAACUGUAUUGUCGCAAACUUUGUGGCAAAAGUUAGCUUUUGGUUUCCUCUGAUAUUAACUGUCCUCGGGAAGCUCGGUACGACAGCAGCAUUUGACGGUGUCUUUCUGACGUCAGCGGAACUUUUUCCAACAGUAGUACGCAACAAUGGCUUGAGUACGUCUGUGUCUUUUUCUCGAAUUGGUGCAUUACUUUCACCAGUAAUUCUUGGGCUCUCUGUAUAUGGCUUUUGGAUACCUCUUACUACCUAUGGACUCUUAGGAAUUGCUGCUGGAUUGCUGAUCCUUUUGCUUCCUGAAAUGAAGGAUGCUUGUUUACUUCAAACACUGGAAGACAUGGAUAAUCUGUAAAUUUGGUUUAUCGUGGAGAUUCCAUUUCGGAGAGUUUCAAAUACACGAACGUCUGCGAAUAUUUAAUAUCAAAUUUAUGAAAAUAUAUA